GGUCGAUCGAGGUUUCUUUCACGUUCAAAAUGGCGGAGACUUGUCUUGUGUUUUCUGCGGAAAAAACCACAUUUGAUCCCCAGUCGAAAGGAUGUCUGAUCGUUGGACAACCCCGUCACCUCCAGGCUGUUUCAUAUGACAAUUUUGCCGGAAAGUUGUCGCGAAGAGUUGAUGCUGCGGUAUGAAAAUACUUUAUUUCCUCAAUUUAAUUCCUUAAUCUCAUUUCCCUGGCCUGGUUUCAUUUUUGUUGAUUAACUAACUAAACGGUAGGCUUCCUUCUGCCCUGUAAACUCGUGAAUUUUAUCAUGUAUCAUUGAUCUCUUAAAUUUGGAUCUUAAAAAACAAAUCGGUCUCAAAAACACUGAAACUUAAAGUUGGUAUGGUUGAAUUUCUACAAGAGCUACAGUUAAGCUCAUGCUUAAAGAAGAGUCACCAAUUCGGUGCAGUCGACGAUCCAUCCUUGGGGGUAACCUUAGAAAAUGCCUUACGCAUACAUUAGAUUAUGUUAAAAACUCUCGAAUUCAAUAUUCCACUUAACACCAGUUUACAUUUAGCUGAAAAUUUGCACAUAAGACAACAUACAGUACAAGAGGAAAUAACAUGAAGAGGAAAAUUAUCUGGGACAAGUCUCUUUGUUUCUGAUCUAAUUAUUAUUAUUUCUACUUUUUGUAAUACUAAAUUUCCAUCCAUGUAUGGUGUUAGUAAGCAAACUUAAUUUAACCCUUUAAGUCCCAAUAGUGACUAACGUCAAUUUUCUUGGUGAGUGCAGGGAAAAGACACAUAUGAACGGCAGGCACGUGGAUGAUAGGCAGGGUCCCCCUUAACCGUUUUUGUAUUAAUGGAGGCAGGGACGUGUUUUUUUUUGGAAUCUCCUACCUGUUAAACGAAAAAAAAGUUGGGGUAUCCCCCCCCCCCCCCGAAUGUAGGCCCCCCUCUUGCUUAUAUUGAAAUGAAUUCGACUUUUUACGACGUUUUGAAGCUCAAAAAAGAAAAAAGUAUUUUGAUCAGCACUGCUAUGUAGCUUUUUACUUUGAAAUAAAACUUUCAUGAAUUUUUCAGACAUUCAAUCUGGUUCUUCACACCAUGGCUGGGUCAGAUGCUUGUCCAGUUUGGUUGAAUCGCGUGGUUAUUGGUGCAUUACCGGUCACAGCCAGUCGGCAUAAUUCUCCAGCUCAUCCUUAUUUCCUCUACAAGCUUGUCUGUAGUAAUCUUCCCUGUGGUGAUGCUUGUAUUGUGGUAAGUUACAGUGAUGUGAUUUUGACCCAUUUCAUUAACUAAUAAUAAUAAUAAAAUUAUUCAUUAUCAUUCAUUUAAAUACAGAAUUGCACCAAAAACAUAAAGCAAGACCUUGCAUGUAAAUCAACACCAGUCAUGAAAACAUCCCCUCCAUAAAGGAAAUAAGGGGGCAGAGUACUUUUUUGCAUGGAUCCCAUCUCGUAACACUGUAUGCAGUCGCUUUAAAGGUGGAGAUGCUAUCCACUGGAUAAAUCAGUAGAUAGUGUAAUAGAUGGUUUCCCUAAUACUCAUAUGCUGGAUAUUGAUUUAUCUGAUUUAUAGCGCUAUUCAAGCCUUGAACACUAGUCUAAGCAGUGCAUUUUCACAACUAAUCUGUAGGGAGUCUACCCGGGGAUAGAUAUAACUGGCCAUUUUCGAAAAGUUAGUGGUUGUUAUGGGGAGAUAGAGGACUGGUGUAAUGAGAGUCCAAUUUGCUGGAUAUGGUUGUAACAUUUGUGAUUGGCAGUUAUAUUAUAUACUAAUCCAAAACCAAAUGCUCAGAGCAAAAUAAUUUAUUGUUUAUUGUUAAUGUAAAGCAAGGAAGUUACUUUGAGUUUAUCUACAUCAGUUUUCAACACAUUUAUUAUUCCCUUCUGAAUGGCUGUUAUGGUGAGAGGUUACUAAUACUUUUGACAGUUGGGACAACACAUUAUUGAUCAUGUGUUACUGUAAGUUGUAGAGGGAUUUUCAUUGUAGAGAGUCAAAAAUGAGGGUGAAUGGUAAAAUGUUUUCCAGCAGGGACACAAAAAAUGUGGUUUGUGAGGUUGGUAGUAGGAUUUUGCUUUGGUGAUUUUGCUGGCUCCCAGAUCUUCUGGAGAACACUGGUGUAGAGGUCCUCCUAGCUUUUUAAUUUGUUAUAAAAAUUAAAACUGAUAUGUCCAAACAAAUACCAUCUUCCUCCUUCAGGUUGUCUGUGAAAGAAGUGAAGCUUUUGCAUCAGCCUGUGCCAUUGCUAGAGCUUUUCCAACAUUUUCAAGAAAAUCAUCCCGGGCUAAGCUGCCAUCAAAGACAGUAACUGUGGAGUUUGUUUUUGUCGGGAGCAAUGAUUUACCACUGUCGAGUGAAGAUGCUGAAUGCAUGAAUGUGGUUGCUGAUAGUAUUCGUCUCAGUGCAAGGCUGGUGGAUAUGCCAUGUCAGGAUAUGCAUACAAGUGCAUUUGUACAGGUGAUAUUCAUGCCUUGAAUGCUCCAAUCUGCAACAAAAUUAGGUGAAACAGUCUGCCUUAAAGGGCCAUUGUGACAUUUUGCCAACUUCAAAAGUGAAAAAUUAAACUUUCGCUCUCCCCGCACCCUCUAAUGCUUCAAUGUUGCUGUAUGGGCUACCUGUAAGAAACAACAAACACCCCAACAAACACCGUUUCAUUUUUGUUUUCCUAUUUUGAGGGUAGUGACUCAACAAUGUUAUUGCCUAUUGUACUAGUUUUAAACCUUUAGUCUGUCACUGAUUUUUGAAGAAAUAACAAUUUUGAUCUAGAACCUCUUCUCUUUAGUUCGUGUAGCUGUGCAUUUGAUUCCCUAACAGGUAUUUGGCAAAGUUUGGUGAGGGUUGUCUUGGUCACAAGUAACCAUAGCAACUUAGUAACAAGUAAUGACCAACAAGUGUGUUCCUUUUAAGUUGUAGCAUUAUAUUACACCUGUACUGCUCUCCAACAGCCAUUUCUUGUAUUGGUUUCCCGCAUGUAUUUAUAAUAUGCCUUGUUAGUAUUAAACUGUGCUCACAUUAUUGUGGGUGUGAGCUCCUCCUAAAAUGUUCUACAAUUGGUAUAGGAUUUACUGGAGCCAAAACCAGUUGUGGAAUUGCACAAAUUUUAGGCAUCCCAUUGAUGAACUUUUAACUUAUAGAUAUUUUGAGAAACCACAAUUUGCUGCCUGUCCCCUUUGAAAACAAUGUUGCCCAGACUGUGCAUUGUGAAGACACUCAAUGACUGCACUUAAAACUCUGUCAUAUUCCCUUUUUAUCCUAAAUUUCAUUAGGAGAUAACUAGCGUUGGCAAGGAGCUAGGAAUUGUUCCUGUUAUCAUUAGAGGCGAAGAACUUAAUGAAAAGGGAUUUGGAGGUAAGUUUGCCCGCAGAUACUGAGAGGUUAAUUAACAGGAUUUAGUCUACUUGGAAAAAAGUUGAAACAAAAAUGUAUUGUCCAAGCAUAAAACCUUCCAAAAUUUAAGCAUCCAAUUUUUUACAUGCACAGUACAUAUAAAGUUUGUUAAAAUGUACCACAUUGGGCUAGUCAUCACACAUUAAAGGUCAUUAUACUAUGUACAGUACAUGAUUAUACUUAGCUAGAAUUUGGAUGAAGCUCUUCUCAGCUGUUGUUUGCCAUCUCACUGGAAAGGAAAUUUAAGUUUUGUUUCUUUUAUGAAUGCUGUUGACUGAACUAGACUGAACUUACAUGUACUUGCAACACUGCUUUGUAAAUUUGUGUAAAAACCAUAAGGGUGCCGUAAAACUAUUAUUUUUCUUAGUCAUGAGGAUACUGAAGGUGUGUUUCAGCAAAGAGUCUGAUAUUUUUUUGCAUUUGAAAUGAGAGUAAACGUGUCCAAAUUGAAACAUUAGGGGUAAAACAGACAACAUUUGAACAUCUUAUUUUUUUGGCAAGUAAUGUAGGCUUAAUGGGCCCUUUGCAGAUUACAACCACAUGGUAUAAAAAACACCAUGCUUAAUUGCAAAUGAUGCAGAGGGGCACGAAAAUCAAAGAGAUAGCAUCAUUCCAAAAGUAAAAUAUCCUUUCAUUGGGUCAUCUGCCAUCCAGCAAGGUUUUUUUUGUACCAUGUGUCUGUAUUUUGCAAAGGGCUCAUUGUCUGAGUUCAGGUUUGACUUUUUCCCCAUCUGUUCAGGUCUUUAUGGAGUUGGAAAAGCUGCUGAGAAUCCACCAGCUCUAGUGGUGUUAAGUCACACACCAGCAUCUGCAACACGGACGAUAGCCUGGGUUGGAAAAGGCAUCGUGUAUGACACUGGAGGGCUAUGCAUCAAAGCCAAGGUUUGUUCUGCUGUAUUGUAAAAUAAGCAAAAAGCAUGUUGAACUGUAGAUUAAGCCCAAACUUUACAUGUACUUUGGCCAAACAAGAACCAUUUUAUCAUAUUCUAAACCAAUCUGUUAGCCCAUUUGCUCCUGGGAAUUUUGCCGAAGAAAUGAGUUUUGAAGCUGGUCAAGCCAUUUUCUAGUCACUGUCUGGCUGUAAAGUGCUUUAACUUACCACAAAGCCGUUUACAGGUUCUACACUUCAUGGCCUUCUGAUCCAGAUGCAAAGUAUUACCUUCUGCAGUUGGGGCAUGCAUGGCUUCACCUCUGGGCCAGCCCUUACUACAUUUGCAGUUUUUGAGGUAGAUCCAUUAGUGGGAUGCCUGCAUUCUUGUGGCUUACAUAUUUACAUUUGUAUGCUGUUUUGUAAAAAAAAAAAAGAAGCAGUCACUGUAAACCGUGGACUUUCAAUUUGGAGGCUAACAUUUUGGCCAACUAUUUGAGACCCUUCAUUACUAACAAAGGGGCAUUAAUUUCUAAGCCUAUUAUUAAAAAUCAGGAUAAAUUAAUAAUUUAAUAAUUUAAUUAUUAGUGAGUUCUUAACUUUUGUAUUGGGGUGAAAAACUGAAGCUGGAAUGUAAAAUGAAAUAGAAUCUAAAAUGGAAUUUAUUUUUUUGUAAUGUAUUAGAGAGAGUAUGUUGCUUGCCUGUUAUUAAGACUAACAUAUUGCACUAGUGAAUGACUGUUAUAACACUGUCCUCAAGAAAAAAAUUCAAGCAGCAUUUCAAAUUUCCAGCGGUCCUUAAGCUAAAGUUUUAUCAGGUUUAACACUAAGGGCGCCGGGAGCAGCGGAAUAAACCUGGCUACUAUCAAGAUUUCCUAGCUGUUCAAUCCCCAACCUACCUUUCUCUAUCACCUUACAUAUGCCCGGAAACUUCAAUUCAUAGUGACAGCCCUGCAGGUUUCAUGAAUAUUUCAGUAAGGAACGGACCAUUAGAAAACUUAUGGGGGGGCGGGCGAAGUACAAAAAAAAUUUUCGCGCAACGGAAAAUUAAAUGAAAAAAAAUUCAUGCACGCCAAUUAACCCUAAAAAAUAUUCAUGCAAGGAAUUUGAUAACGAAAAAAACUUCCUGCGGCUCGAAAAUUCCCCUCUCCCCCCGCCCCUCCCAUAACUAAUGGUCCGUCCCUAAGUGAUCCUAUUUUACCGAAGACUACAGUUUUAUUUUCUUUUUGGUAGACUUCCAUGCUUGGAAUGAAAAGAGAUUGUGGCGGAGCAGCAGGCAUUCUAGGAGCUUUUAGAGCCGCUGUGAAACAGGUCAGUUUGAAGUCUGUGACAUUAUCAAAACCGCCAUUUCUUCUUUGUAACUCAAGUUUCUAAGUUAAGUGCUUACUUGUGGCUAUGUGGCGUUGGGAACAUAAUGCAUUUGUUGGUUUGAACUCAAUGACAGUAGUAGUGUUCUACUUCAAAUCUACUCGUGGUUGUUAUACAUGCACUCUCCUAAGAACAAAAACAAGACAAGAAAGACAAUAUACUGUCAAUAUAUAUAAUAUAAUAUAUAUAAUAUAAUAUAUAUUAUAUACAAUAUAAUAUAUAUAAUAUAUAUUAUAUAUAAUAUAAUAUAUAUAAUAUAAUAUUAUACUGGCACAUCAAACGUGGAUGUUUUCUCCCGCCCCCCACCCCCAAGGACCCCCCCCCCUAAAAAAAAACAAACAAGCUUUCUCGAUCGUCGGCUCUGAAAGAUGGCACCUACAUGAUCAAACAUGAUGACCAAACUGCAGUAUUCAGUCAGCAUUGACAGCUGUCAGCAUGUAUGGGAAAGGUAUAUUUUGAAAUUCUGUGCUAUGUGUUCUCACAGUUUCUCCCCUGUUCUUUCCCGGCAGGGUUUUAGUGAGAAUCUUCAUGCUUUGUUCUGUAUGGCUGAAAAUGCGGUUGGUUCUCGUUCUACAAGACCUGAUGACAUAUUAACAUUGUAUUCGGGAAAGUAAGUGCUGUUUAAAAAUGCCAGGUGUUGCCUGUCGACAACGUUUUUCAACCCCUUAACAACUCUCUGACUUUCAGAAGCAACCCUACUAAUUCUCAAACGGCACCUGUUUUUUUUUUCGAGGGAAGUGGCAGCGAAAACGUCUCACAAAGAAUGAAUAAGCUCCGCUUCAAACUUUUUCACUCUCAUUACAUCUCGUUCAAUUUGUCAAGUAUUUGCGAAUUUUUGUGGAGUUUAAUUCUAGAAGUGCUGUAUCUAAGUUUAGAAAAAGAAAAAUUGAAUCGUUUUCUCGUAUUUAAGUUCUUAAUAAAACGUGAAAUCAGGACGUUUCACGUCGUAGCCGUGCAAUGACGGCAAAGAAAUGUACAUUAAAAAACGUACUGCUCGCGCAGAGUUGUUGUUUUGCCGAUCAUAACCUAUUGCUUUUUUGACGUUCUUGUUGCUGUCACCUUAGUUGUUGCUAAAGCUCUCUAUUAACUCAAAUAAGGAGACUUUUAGUCCUUUAAUUACUUUCCUUUACCUCCCGGUUAGUUAAGUUCAUAGACUGCUGGUGUGUUAAGCAGGACUUGUAAAUAAACCCCAACUAACCAUCAACGAAGGUCUUAAAAAACUGAUGAGGUCAUGCUGGCUGUGAUUAAAAGCUUGUUUCAGUUUAGAGGAUUACGUCACUGGGGUGUGACGUUAAUCCGUUGGCCUUUUCUCCCUCAUUUGAUAUUUCAUCUAAAAGAGGACUCAAACGAACUUAUAGCUUCGAUAAAAAAGAGUUAGAUGGAUUUCCACUGCAUGUCGCGAAUUUUUACGCGCGUACGCGCGUACGCGCGUAAUUUGAAUUGAAAGUAGAAGCAAUGUUUAAAGGUCGCGCGUAAACGUAAAAGUUGGGCGAGGCGGUUCAACUUCCACGUUUACGCGCGACGUUCCACACAUUAGAGAGACUUAGAAUCACGUUAACGGUAAAUGGGAAACGUUUUAACACAGUUCAUUUCCUCUUCUGUAGAACAGUUGAAGUUAAUAAUACAGAUGCUGAAGGACGUCUUGUUCUUGGAGAUGGGGUGAGAUACUGUUUUAUCGCCUUUGAGUUACAGUUACGUGUCGUAACUACCAAGAUGACCAUUUGUCCGGACAAUUUUUCAAUUGGCCGGUAAUUUUGACCGGACAGGUAAAUUAAGCGACCAGGAAAAAAUACAUUUCCACGCUAUAACGUUGCAAGAGUACAAGCGUCUUUUUUUUACUUUAUGUUUUUGCUUGUCAUGCUAGUACGUUUAAGUUAUUAUUUUGUUAUUUUUUACAUUUUGACCGGUCAGAAGAGAGACGUGACCGAGCUAGAAUUUCUUUGGUUAGUCAACAUGACUUUCAAAAGUCCCAAGUUUUUUUGAGCCCUGCCUGCUUAAGGAUUUAAGAAAUUAGGCAGGAAGUCGAGUGUGAAAGAUUUUUUGAAUUUUCAGACUAGUUAACAGAUAUUUUCUGCUAAGCUAAUUUGCCGUGUCUGAAGGUUGCUUACGCCAAGAAAGAUCUCAAUGCCGACAUCGUUUUGGACAUGGCCACUCUGACUGGUGCACAGGGUGUGGCCACAGGAAAACAUCACGCAUCCCUUUUAACGAAUGAAGAGGCCUGGGAACCUGCUUGCGCCGCGGCAGGAAAAGCGAGUGGGGACCUGGUGGUGAGUACUGUGGACAUGAAAACUACUUGUCUGCCUUUUUCCAAAACGACUAAGUGCUUGGAGCGAUCAAGGGGUGUGAGAAAACAAUCAAGAAAUCAGUUAGGGCAAGGGUGGCACUGUUGGUUAGUGCGCGGCCUUCGGUGCGCGAGGUUUCGAGUUCGAUCCCCGGUGACAUGACAUCCUUGUUUCAACUUCUCUCCUUUCUGUGUAGCUUUGACUAGCUUUAAAUACCCUUAAAACAGAGUCCAGUGUUCCUGCCAGAGUGCGCCAUUGCGUGCAUCCCGCAAAAGAUCGACAGAUGGCCCUCAACAAAAGCGUUCAAGGGCUAUUAUGGCCCUUUCCUUUUUUAAUUCCUAGGGUUUUAAAACGUCUCUGUUACUUCAACUACAAUAAUUUUCCAAUUAAACAAAAUUUUUGAUAUAAAGAACAACAACUCCGUACCUCUUUACCCAACAUGAAAAUCAAUCAACGAAUCUUUCGGCCAACAUGUUUACCUGAUUUACCAUGAGUGGUCUGGGGACCACUGAGCCUCGACUUGGGAGAUUAAACCUGGUAAACGCAUCGUCGAGGUCUAUCGAAAGUUUUUUCUCAGUAAGUAACGAAAACGUGGAUGGCGGCGAAGCGAAAAGAAGAAGAUCUUGACGGUGAAUUGGAAAACGUGAAUGGUGUAGCGGAGCUGAGGAAACGAACCGAAGCAAAAACAAGCUCGUAUGGAAAAAAAAUUCCGCUAAGACGUUGGUUGAACGAUUUCAGUUAUUCAUUUUAAUGUGAUGCAUGAUUCAGCAAUGAAAAAAAGUACUUACUAUUUCUGAUUGUGCUAAUGUUUGCUUUGUUGCCGAAGAUUUGCUCUAUUGUGUAUGAAAAGGAAUACUCCAUGUCAGCUUUAAAAAAACUGCCAUUUUAUUUUACUUAACUUCCCAACCGUUUCUUCUCUUUUACAUGUCAGAAAGACAGCGGAAUAUUUGGCCCUUUCUUGAAAAAUCUGGCCCUCAAAAAUGGGUUGUAGGGGCCACUUUGGCCCUCAAGCAGAAUUUUCUGGCUGGAACACUGAUUGAUGGAGAGAAGGGGGUAAAAUGAGCGCACCGUUGACCUCAAGCUUAUCAGCGAUUACUGUCACGAGUUAUGGACGUAAAAUAUGGUUGCUUUACCUUUACCUUAAGUUGAAUAACGAGCAAAAAAUCCCAAUUAGUUGAAACAGGCGGCAUAUAUUUACACAUAUUUACGUAAAACCCCUCCAUUGGAGCAUUCUCACUAGAACAUUCAUAGCGCUAUUUUAAAUAAUAAGUAUGUUUUGUAUUUGGUAAGUGGGUUGAAGUUUCUAAUGAUAAAUAACAAAACACGUUAAAGCAAUUACGUCGUGUUUUUUCGUGGCGUUUCCAUGGCCGUAACAAUACUAUUUCGUUUCCACAAUGUAAAUAAAGUUCAUAGGGUGUGGCAGAAACUAGGAUCUAAGUCCUAAGUGUCAAUGCAAAGAUGGUGUCGUAGGUCUUACAUUUUCGUAACACCCGUUUGUACAACCCUCGCUAAUUUUGCCAUUUUGGAUUUUUACAGUUCCCAGUGCCUUACUGCCCCGAACUUCAUUUUUCGGAAUUUUCAAGCGCCUUGGCAGAUAUGAAGAACUCUGUCCAGGUUUGUUCUUGUUUGUUAUAAGCCGUUAUUUCUCCUCAUGGUUAGCCCAUAUCGUGUAAGCGUUUGCCUUCAUUCGAGAUACAGCUCACUUUGCUCGCCCUCUGGCCAUGGUAGACUUUCACAUAGUUGAUGCAGCCUUUGUACAAUUAAAAAGGCAACGUUGUCUUAAAGAGGUAGUAUAACAAAGAUUUAGUACUCAUUGAAAGUUGAAAGUUGUUAUUUUGAAUUGCUUACUUAUAACUUGUUCUAAUAUGGAAGAACGUAUUGAUUUCAAUGAGAAUAACAAAACCAGGUAAAAUUCGUAGCAGCUGCCACGGUAUAUACUAGUAGUAUAGCAUCAAAUCUUUCGGUCCUUUCGACUUUGGACAGGGACUUUGAUGAUAACUAAGAAUGUGGAAACAUGAUUUGGUUAUUUUUUUAAAAUUCCAAUUAAAACCGUUUUCUCUUACUUUGCAGAACCGUGAUAACGCUCAAGUCUCUUGUGCUGGUCUCUUUAUUGGUAGGUAUACCCAUAGCUGCCGCCCAUAGAAACAGCCUGCGUAGCCAGAGUUUCCGCGCGAAGUUAAAACGAGAGCAAAAAAGGGGAGGACGGGGGAGGGGAGAGAAGAAAAGGACUCCUCACCCCACCUCUUCCUUCCUUUUUUUCUGCCAUUCGCACUUUGUGAACGAACUCGCGCGGUAACAUUUUCUACGUAGGCUAACAGGGGCACUGUUACUGUAUUUGCAACAAUGAAAGAUACUGGCGCUAUGUCUACGAUCUACCGGAUGGCUCAGUCUUGCGCCGGCUCGAAAACCAGCUCCUUUGAAUAAAAACCUCUCGCUAAUUACAUGUUCUGUUAAUUUGUGCAUACUUCUCUAGAUCCAAAUUUCCGUUUUACCAAAUUGCGUUUGUAAUUACGUUUGCGUCUAUAUUACCUUGAAGACGUUGUAUUUAACUACAUGUGUAAUCUGUUUUACUUAUCUUUAGGCUCACAUUUAGGAUUUGAUUUCCCUGGAACCUGGCUUCAUGUUGACAUGGCGGCUCCAGCUCAUGUGGUAAGGAAAAAGCAUUACAGUGUUAGGCUAAAACUUAAAGGGGGUAUAUCACAAGGAUAUCAUUGUUUGUUUGGUUUGGCAUGAAAAGAUUUUGAUUUGGCCAUAUAAUAUAUCCUCUACUGACCCGGACGUUUGUUCGGUCAAGUCGGCUGAGUAUUGCUGUCGUUUUUUCUCUGUAUGAUUUCGUCUUGGUCCAUAAAAAUAUCCAGACAUCUUGCCUUCACGCUUGGUCACUAACGUAUAUGUCUUACAUAAGUCUCCUUCCUUGUAGAGAGUUAGUAAGGAAAGACGAGGACUAUUUCUGUGUGUCCGUUACAGUGCGGACACUCAAACCGGCACACUUGAAAGAAGAUUGUUCAAUCACAACGCUUUUUUAUUGCAAACGGAACAAUACAUUCCUUAAUCUGAGGGCUGUUUUCUGAUUGGACAAUCUUCUUCCAAGUGUCCCGGUUUGAGUGUUCGCACUGUGGAAGAGGGACUUGACUUUCAACUUGCGUUCUCCUUGUAGGUCUUUUCCCACCCCACUUAACUUUGCGUCUCCAAGUUGUCCCCCUGUUACCGUUCUCGUUCGACCAGCUGAUGCGUUCUCCGCCUUGUCUUUUUCAGGGUGAAAGAGCUACGGGUUACGGUGUUGCGCUGCUUGUGACCUUAUUUGGGAAACUGUCUUCAUCAAAACUGCUCCAAACUAUUUCGCCCUGCCUGCCAGAAAAAAAAGCUGGAAGGACCGCUUAGAAUAAUUCACAUUUUUUUGGGAACACGUUUGGCAUGAAGUGCGCGUGCGCACUGAUUACAUAAACUUGAAAUAUCACUAUAGUAUAUUAAUUCUCG